AUGCUGAAGGGCCUCCAGGUAGAGGAGAGUGGGGGGCGGGGGCCAGGUGGGGCUGGUGAGGAAGGUGAACCAAAGGGAGAGUUUAGGUUUUAUCCUGAGUGAGGCAGGAGGUCCACAGAGGAUGCAGAACACUUUGGCAAAGACUGAUGACUGUAUUCUGAGAUUUCUGUCAAGUGCCACCCACACCCAGAACAUACACAGCCCUGCUCUGGGACACGCCUCUGUGGGAUUUAAUACACAGUCCUCGUCAGCGUUGACUUUGAGCUAUGGAAUCGCAGACGGUUGACGACGAGGCGGCGGGAGUGUGAAUGACGACCGGCUGAGCGCGGCAGAACGAUGCCCAGAGGUGGGUGUUCUAAGACACCACAGCAGGAAGAAUUUCCCCUCGGCAACGACAUGGUGGAGAAACAAACUGGGAAAAAGGAUAAAGAUAAAGUUUCUCUAACCAAGACCCCGAAGCUGGACCGCAGCGAUGGCGGCAAGGAGGUGAGGGAGCGUGCCACCAAGCGGAAGCUGCCCUUCCCCGUGGGGGCCAAUGGAGAGCAGAAGGACUCGGACACAGAGAAGCAGGGUCCUGAGCGGAAGAGGAUUAAGAAGGAGCCGGUCACCCGCAAGGCCGGGCUGCUGUUUGGCGUGGGGCUGUCUGGGAUCCGAGCUGGCUACCCGCUCUCCGAGCGCCAGCAGGUGGCUCUUCUCAUGCAGAUGACAGCUGAGGAGUCUGCAAACAGCCCAGUAGACACAACACCAAAGCACCCCUCCCAGUCUGCAGUGUGCCAGAAGGGGACGCCCAGCUCGGCCUCCAAGACCAAAGACAAGGUGAACAAGAGGAACGAGCGAGGAGAGACCCGCCUGCACCGGGCCGCCAUCCGGGGGGACGCGCGGCGCAUCAAGGAGCUCAUCAGCGAGGGGGCGGACGUCAACGUCAAGGACUUCGCGGGCUGGACGGCGCUGCAUGAGGCGUGUAACCGGGGCUACUACGAUGUCGCAAAGCAGCUGCUGGCGGCGGGCGCGGAGGUGAACACCAAGGGCCUGGACGACGACACGCCUUUGCACGAUGCCGCCAACAACGGGCACUACAAGGUGGUGAAGCUGCUGCUGCGCUACGGAGGGAACCCUCAGCAGAGCAACAGGAAGGGCGAGACGCCAUUGAAAGUAGCCAAUUCCCCAACCAUGGUGAACCUCCUGCUGGGCAAAGGCACCUACACGUCCAGUGAAGAGAGCUCGACGGAGAGCUCAGAAGAGGAAGACGCCCCCUCCUUCGCACCCUCCAGUUCCGUGGACGGCAACAACACGGACUCUGAGUUUGAAAAGGGCCCCAAGCACAAGGCCAAGAAUCCAGAGCCGCAGAAAACGGUGACCCCCGUCAAGGACGAGUACGAGUUUGACGAGGAUGACGAGCAGGACAGGGUCCCUCCAGUGGACGACAAGCACUUGCUAAAAAAGGACUACAGGAAAGAGGCCAAGUCAAGUAGUUUCGUUUCUAUACCCAAAAUGGAAGUUAAAAGUUACACUAAAAACAAUACGAUUGCACCAAAGAAAGCGUCCCAUCGCAUCUUGUCAGACACGUCGGACGAGGAGGACGUGAGCGCCGCCGUGGGGACGGGGGAGAAGCUGAGGCUCUCGGCGCACACGAUGCUGCCUGGCAACAAGACGCGAGAGCCGGCAAGUGCCAAGCAGCAGAAGGAGAAAAACAAAGUGAAAAAGAAGCGAAAGAAGGAAACAAAAGGCAAAGAGGUUCGGUUUGGAAAGAGGAACGACAGGUUCUGCUCCUCGGAGUCCGAGAGCGAGUGCUCGGAGAGCGAGGAGGACGACAGGGGCUCCGUGGGGAGCUCCAGCUGCCUCAAGGAGUCCCCCCUGGUGCUGAAGGACCCCUCCCUGUUCAGCUCCCUGUCCGCCUCCUCCACCUCGUCCCACGGGAGCUCCGCAGCCCACAAGCCCAACCACACGGACCAGCACGCCAAGCACUGGCGGACAGACAAUUGGAAAACCAUUUCUUCCCCUGCCUGGUCUGAGGUCAGCUCUUUAUCGGACUCCACAAGGACGAGACUGACCAGUGAGUCUGAUUACUCCUCUGAGGGCUCCAGCGUGGAGUCGCUGAAGCCGGCGCGGAAGAAGCCGGAGCACAGGAAGAGGGGCGGGCUGCAGAGCGCCCUGUGCGAGAAGAAGAACUCCUUCCACCCCGCCGUGGACGGCGUCAUCCCCAAGCUGGACAAGGAGGGCAAAGUCAUCAAAAAACACAAAACAAAACAUAAACACAAAAACAAGGAGAAAGGACAGUGUUCGGUCAGUCAGGAGCUUAAAUUGAAAAGUUUUACUUACGAGUAUGAGGACUCCAAACAAAAACCAGAGAAGGCUAUACUUUUAGAUAACGAUAUUUCCACUGAAAAUAAGUUAAAAGUAUUAAAGCACGACAGAGACCAUUUUAAGAAAGAGGAGAAACUUAGCAAAAUGAAAUCAGAAGAAAAAGAAUGGCUCUUUAAAGAUGAGAUGAUAAAAGUCUCCAAGGAGGAAAAGUCCCUAAGGAGAAUCAAAGACAUGAACAAAGACGUUGGCAGGUCUUUCCGAGAAGAGAAAGACCGUUUGAAUAAAGCGGAGAAGGAGAAAUCUGUGAAGGAGAAGUCUCCGAAAGAAGAAAAGCUGAGACUCUACAAAGAGGAAAGAAAGAAAAAGUCAAAAGACCGGCCCUCAAAAUUAGAGAAAAAGAAUGAUUUAAAAGAGGACAAAAUUUCAAAAGAGAAGACUUUUAAAGAAGAUAAAGACAAACUCAAAAAAGAAAAAGUUUAUAGAGAAGACUCUGCUUUUGAUGACUAUUGUAACAAAAACCAGUUUCUGGAGAACGAAGACACCAAAUUCAGCCUUUCCGACGACCAGCAGGAAAGGUGGUUUUCCGACUUGUCCGAUUCAUCCUUUGAUUUCAAAGGGGAGGACAGUUGGGACUCGCCAGUGACGGACUACAGGGACAUCAAAAGUGACUCUGUGGCCAAGCUGAUCUUGGAGACGGUGAAGGAGGACAGCCGGGAGCGGAGGCGAGACAGCCGGAACCGGGAGAAGCGAGACCACCGAGACGCCUUCUUCCGAAGGAAGGACAGGGACUACCUGGAUAAGAACUCCGAGAAGAGGAAAGACCAGGCGGAAAAGCAUAAAGGCCUGUCCAGCUACCUUUCAGAAAAGGACAAGAAGAGGAGAGAGUCUGCAGAGGGCGGGCGGGACCGGAAGGACCUGCUGGAGGGGGCCAAGGAGCGCAAGGACGGCCGAGCGAAGCCGGACGAGGUGCACCGGGAGGACCCCCGGGAGCACGGCUGCGAGGGCAUCUUCAAGGACAAGUCCGACUGCGACUGCGGCAAGAGCCUGGAGCCCUGGGAGAGGCACCACCCCGUGAGAGAGAGGGAGAGGAAGGAGAUCCCCGAGAAGGAGAGGAAGGAAAAAAUGAAACCAGAGAAAUACAAAGAUAAGUCCGGCGACAAGGACAAAAAUGAAAAAUCUAUCCUUGAAAAAUGUCAGAAGGACAAAGAAUUUGAUAAAUGUUUUAAAGAGAAAAAAGAUGCCAAGGAAAAGCAUAAAGACAUACAUGGCAAAGAAAGAAAAGCAUCUCUUGACCAAGGGAAAGAAAAAAAAGAGAAGACUUUCCCUGGAAUUAUCUCAGAAGACUUCUCGGAAAAGAAAGACGAGAAGAGGGGUAAAGAGAAAAGCUGGUACAUCGCAGACAUCUUCACAGACGAGAGCGAGGACGACAAGGACGAGUACGUGGCCAGCGGGUUCAAGCUCGGCGAGGCCGGCGAGGCGCAGCGGGACGGGCCGCAGGAGCGGGAGGACGCCAGGGAGCCCUGCGCCGCCGACAGGCACAGGAAGUCCUCGGACAAGCAGCACUCGGACAGGCAGAGGGACAGGGAGCCCAGAGACAAGCGCAAGGACAGGGGGGCUGCCGAGGGUGGCAAGGACAGAAAGGAAAAGCUCUUCGACAAGCACAAGGAGAAGAAGGAUAAAGAGUCCGCAGAAAAACACAAGGACAGGAAAGACAGGGUGUCGGUGGACUCCACCCAAGAAAAGAAAAACAAACAGAAGCUCCCUGAGAAGGUCGAAAAGAAACACUCUACUGAAGACAAGGCUAAAAGCAAGCAUAAGGAGAAGUCGGACAAAGAACAUUCCAAAGAAAGGAAGUCUUCGAGAGCCACCGACACGGAGAAGAGCUUGCUGGAGAAGCUGGAGGAGGAGGCGCUCCACGAGUUCCGGGAAGACUCCAACGACAAGACCAGCGAGGUCUCGUCCGACAGCUUCACGGACCGCGGGCAGGACGCGGGGCUGAGCACCCUGCUGGAGGUGUCCUUCGCGGAGCCGGCCCUGGAGGACAAGGUCCGGGAGGGCGGCUGCCUCCCCGAGAGGCUGAAGGAGAAGGAGAGACACCGGCACUCCUCGUCAUCGUCCAAGAAGAGCCACGACCGGGAGCGAGCCAGGAGGGAGAAGGCCGAGAAGAGAGAGAAGAGCGAGGACUUCAAGGACCUCGGCAGCAGGAAGGACUCCGGCCAGUGCGAGAAGGACUUCCUGGACGGCGACGCGUUUGCCGUUUCCUACGCUGUGAAAACCGAAAUAGAAGAUGACUUGGAUAAAACCAUUGAAUUGUUUUCUACCGAAAAGAAAGACAAAAACGAUUCUGAAAGAGAACCUUCCAAGAAAAUAGAGAAGGAGCUGAAGCCUUACGGAUCUAGUGCCGUCAACACCCUGCGGGAGAAGAAGAAGAGGGACAGGCACCGGGAGAGGUGGCGCGACGAGCGGGAGAGGCCCCGUGACAAGCAUGCGGACGGGUUCCUGCGGCACCACAAGGAGGAGCCGAAGCCCGCGGCCAGGGACAAGGACAACCCGCCCGGCGCCUGCAAGGACAAGUGCAGGGACGAGGGCCUGAAGCCGGGCGAAGCCAGACUGAAGGAGAGACUCAAGGAGGGCACGGAGAAGGACAAGGGCGACGCAGGGAGGGUCAGCAACGGCAGCGAGAGGCUGGUGCCGCCCAAGGACCCGGGCAAGAGGGACGCGAGGCCCAGGGAGAAGCUGCUGGGCGACGGGGACUUGAUGAUGACCAGCUUCGAGAGGAUGCUGUCCCAGAAGGACCUGGAGAUCGAGGAGAGGCACAAGAGGCACAAGGAGAGGAUGAAGCAGAUGGAGAAGAUGCGGCACCGGUCUGGGGACCCCAAGCUCAAGGAGAGGCUGAAGCUGGCGGAGGACGGGCGCAAGAAGGGGCUGGACGCCCCCUCCAAGAAACCGCCGGGGCAGGACCCUCCGUUUAAAGACAGGAAGCUCAAGGAGUCGGCUCCAGCGCCCACCGCUGCCGAAAAUAAGCUACACCCGGGACCAGCCGCGGACUCCAAAGACUGGUUCGCGGGGCCCCACGUGAAAGAGGUCCUGCCCGCCUCUCCCAGGCCCGAGCAGAGCCGGCCCACCGGGGUGCCCACCCCCACGUCGGUGGUGUCCUGCCCCAGCUACGAGGAGGUGAUGCACACGCCCCGGACCCCGUCCUGCAGCGCCGACGACUACCCCGACCUGGUGUUCGACUGCGCCGACUCCCAGCACUCGCUGCCCGUCUCCGCCACCCCCGCCAGCGCCUGCUCCCCCUCCUUUCUCGACAGGUUCUCUGUGGCUUCCGGCGGGCUCUCGGAGAACCCCGGCCAGACCCCCACGAGGCCCCUCUCCACAAACCUUUACCGCUCCGCGUCCGUGGACAUCAGGAGGACCCCCGAGGACGAGUUCAGCGCUGGGGACAAGCUCUUCAGGCAGCAGAGUGUCCCUGCCUCGGCCGGGUACGGCUCCCCCGGGCAGCACCUGCUGGAGGACAAAGCCACCCUGCCCCCGGUGCCCGCAGACAAGUUUGCGUGCCUGUCCCCAGGCUGUUACUCCCCGGACUACGGCGUCCCGUCCCCGCGAGUCGAGGCUCUGCACUGCCCACCCACGGCUGUCGUCACCGUCACCCCAACCCCAGAUGGGGUCUUCUCGAGUUUACAAGCAAAAUCCUCCCCUCCUCCCAGAGGGGAGCUGUUGGCCCCCUCCCUCGAAGGGGCCCUUCCCCCGGACCUGGGCCUCCCUCUGGACGCCACGGAGGACCAGCAGGCCACAGCUGCCAUCAUCCCCCCGGAGCCCAGCUACCUGGAGCCCCUGGACGAGGGCCCGUUCAGCACCGUCAUCACCGAGGAGCCCGUGGAGUGGGUCCACCCCGCCGAGCAGGCUCUCGCUUCCGGCUUGGUCGCGAGCGCCUCCGAAAACCCCGUCAGCUGGCCCGUGGGGCCGGACAUUUUGCUCAAGUCUCCACAGAGAUUCCCAGAGUCCCUGCACCCUGCCACCCCAGGGCCUUUCGGCACCUCCGAGCCCCCGUACCCAGUCUCGCCCGUCUCAUACCCUUUGCCCGUCACCGAGCCGGGACUGGAGGAGGUCAAGCACGGCUGCGUGGACGUGGUCCCCGCCGCUGUCCCCACCGCGGAAGAAGCAGCUCCUUAUGCCCCCCCUUCCCGGCUGGAGUCCUUCUUCAGCAACUGUAAGUCCCUUCCGGAAGCCCCCCUUGACGUGGCCCCCGAGCCCGCCUGUGUAACCACGGCGACCCAGGUGGGAGCCCUGGGGCCCCUGGAAAGCAGCUUCCUGGACAGCGGCCACAACCUGUCUGUGUCUGCCCUUGGCCAGGUGGAGCCCGUGCCCUGGGCCGACGCCUUCGCCACCUCCGAGGACGACCUGGACCUGGGGCCCUUCUCCCUGCCGGAGCUUCCUCUUCAGGCUAAGGAUGUUUCCGAUGUUGAAACGGAGCCUGUGGAAGAGAGUCUUGCUCCUCCGGAAAAGACUCCUCCAGGGGCCCCCGUGGUCGUGAAAGGUGGGGACGUCCCUGCACUGGUGGCCGAGGAACAGCCAGCACCGCCUCCCGCGCCGGCGUCCGCCCCGCUGCCCGUGGAGCCCGAGCCCGUGGCAGAGGCAGAGCUGGGCGUGGCCCCGGAGGCCACGGCAGAGGCAGAGACUGUGCCGGAAGAGAAGGCCUCGGAGGACGUGGCCGCCAGCUCAGGGCCCGCGCCCAUCCCCCCCGAACAGCACCCGCUAGGGGGUGGGGAGGACGGGGCUGAGGCUGAAGAGCCCCCCGCCGCCUCCCCCCGUGCCCCAGACAGCCCUGCCGUGGACAGCACGGUGCGGGUGCACACUGCGGACGGUGCCGGUGCCCAGGACAGCGUGGCCCCCGGCCCGGCCGAAGGCCCCCCGGGCAGUGCCCAGCCGGAAGCUGCAGAACCAGAACCAAAACCUACAGCCGAAGCCCCGAAGGCCCCCAGAGUGGAGGAGACCCCCCAGCGCAUGACCAGGACGCGGGCGCAGAUGCUGGCCAACCAGAGCAAGCAGAGCACGCCGCCCCCCGAGAAGGAGCUGGGCCCGGCUGCCCCGGCCGCCAGGGCGCGGGGCCGCGUGUGCGAGGACGAGGACGCCCAGGCCCAGCACCCGCGCAAGCGGCGCCUGCAGCGCUCGGGCCAGCAGCUGCAGCCACUGAGCACGUCCACGCGGCAGACGCGGGAGGUGAUCCAGCAGACGCUGGCCGCCAUCGUGGACGCCAUCAAGCUCGACGACAUCGAGCCCUACCACAGCGACCGGUCGAACCCGUACUUUGAGUACCUGCAGAUCCGGAAGAAGAUCGAGGAGAAGCGCAAGAUCCUGUGCUACAUCACGCCACAGGCGCCUCAGUGCUACGCCGAGUACGUCACCUACACGGGCUCCUACCUCCUGGACGGCAAGCCGCUGAGCAAGCUCCACAUCCCCGUGAUUGCGCCCCCUCCCUCCCUGGCGGAGCCCCUGAAGGAGCUCUUCAAGCAGCAGGAGGCAGUCCGGGGGAAGCUGCGUCUGCAGCACAGCAUCGAGCGGGAGAAGCUGAUCGUGUCCUGUGAGCAGGAGAUCCUCCGCGUCCACUGCCGGGCCGCCAGGACCAUCGCCAACCAGGCCGUGCCGUUCAGCGCCUGCACCAUGCUGCUGGACUCGGAGGUCUACAACAUGCCGCUGGAGAGCCAGGGUGACGAGAACAAGUCCGUGCGGGACCGGUUCAACGCGCGUCAGUUCAUCUCCUGGCUCCAGGACGUGGACGACAAGUACGACCGCAUGAAGACCUGCCUCCUGAUGCGGCAGCAGCACGAGGCCGCGGCCCUCAACGCCGUGCAGAGGAUGGAGUGGCAGCUGAAGGUGCAGGAGCUGGACCCCGCCGGGCACAAGUCCCUGUGCGUGAACGAGGUGCCCUCCUUCUACGUGCCCAUGGUCGACGUCAACGACGACUUCGUGCUGCUGCCAGCGUGACACCCAGUGAGGGCCGCGCGAUCCGCUGCGUGCUGCUGCUGAGCCCUGGAGGAGCACAGUGUCCACCCGACAGGGACACCCCAGACACCACCUUGGCCAUGGCGUCUCCGUCCCUCCAGACUGGCCCGGGCGUCAGCGAGGUGGGACACGUCUUUGCUCUGACACCAGCUGCUGCGGGGCCAGGCCCCGGCGCACAGUCUGCCAGCCAGGCCGGGGAGGAGGCCACGCAGACUCGGCGGCUUCCGUCCCCGAGAACGGUGGCCCUCGGCCCUGCGUUCAGCCGACUGCAGAGGCGUUUCAGGAGCUGCAGGACAGAGCGCAUUUUUAGAAUUUCCUGUUCCAUUCUGAUCCGCUAAAGGAAAUAAAAAGUUAAGGCGUCCACCUCACAGUGACCUCCAGGUCAGAGGGCAGGAGAGCGUCCCGGCCGUGCUCUUGUUGCCGUGGAGCUGCCGCUGGCCUCAGACCGGGACGGGGACGCUGAGCAGGAGCCGGCCGCGCCCCGCCUGGCCCAGAGGGAGUGAGCCGGACUCUCGAUAGUGUUUUUAAUGGAGUCAAAUCCACGUGGUUUGUAUAUUUUUCCUUUAAUCUUGGGCAUUUUGUUUCUCUUUCUGAGAACAUAACUUGAAACACUACAGAGCCAAUAAUCAUAUAAAAAGUGUAUCCGUAAACGCUGUACAGUUUUAUAUACAUUCACAAUGUACUUUUGCUGCCUUCUAGAUAAUUUAUUUUGCAACACAUUACUGCACAGUUGUAAAUAACUUAUGUACUGUAACAUCACUCUCAGUUAUGUGUAAAGAAAUAAAUUAAUUAAAAUGCUCUUGUACAUGUACAGUC